AAAGUUUUUGGUAGAGGAAAAGAAAAGAACGCGUGGAUGGAGUCGAUGGAGGGAGGCGCAGCGAAAUUUCAUAAAUCUUCUAAGUCUUUGUUUGUAGUUAGUUAGACAACUGAAAAGUCAUUCUCUCUCUCGCUCUCUCUCUCUCUCUCUAGAGUUCUACUAUUUCUUCUUCCUCAUCAGUCAUCAGGUUAAUUGUUGAUUAAUAAUAAUGGUGAAAGCAGCAACAUCGAGCGAGAAGGGUGGUUCUGGUUCUGGUUCUGGUUCGGUGGCACCUUUCUUGAACAAGUGUUACGAUAUGGUUGAAGAUCCUUCUACCGACUCCAUAAUCUCAUGGUCCGCUGAUAGUAACAACAGUUUCAUCAUCUCCAACGCUGAUCAAUUCUCACUCACUCUUCUCCCUAAUUAUUUCAAACACAAUAAUUUCUCCAGCUUCGUCAGACAACUCAAUAUCUAUGGCUUCAGAAAAAUUGAUGCAGAUCACUGGGAAUUUGCCAAUGAAAACUUCAUUAGGGGUCAAAAGCAUUUGCUGAAGAAUAUACGUAGAAGGAAACAUCCACAUGUUGCUGCAGAUCAGCAAAAACCAUUGCCACCAAAAGACAACCGCGAUGAACCAUCACAAGAAGCAGUAAAUCAUGGCCUUUGGAGAGAAGUUGAGAAUCUAAAAUCGGAUAGAAAAACCCUCACGCAGGAGUUGGUCAAACAUAAGCAGCACCUUGAAUCUUCUGAGAGUAAGCUGCUUCUACUGAGUGACCGCCUUGAAGGAAUGGAAAAGCAUCAGCAGCAGAUGCUCUCAUUCUUGGUCAUGGUCGUGCAAUGCCCUGGAUUCUUGGUUCAGCUGCUUCACCCUAAGGAAAAUAACUGGCGUUUUUCUGAAGCAGGGAAUAUGUGGGACCAAGGUAACCAAGAUGACAGACCAGUUUCUUCUGAUGGGAUGAUUAUAAAGUAUACACCACCUGUUGCUGAAAAACUAAAACCUGUUGUUCCACGAUCUCCUGCCUUUAAUAAGCAACCAGAACCUGAGGUUUCUACGGAUGGGUUAAAAGACCUGUGCAUCAGUUCUGAGUUCUUGAAACUGCUUCUAGAUGAGAAAUUGUGUCCAUUAGAUAAUCAUUCUCCGUUUCUUGUACCUGAUUUACCAGAUGACGGUUCGUGGGAACAACUAUUUUUAGGCAGUCCUAUCCUCAAAAAUGUUGAAGAUACUGAUCGUGAAAACGAGGAGCAAACUGUUAGUGACACGGAGAUGGAUCACAUCAUAUCUGAAGCUCUAAAUGAAACAUCUGAUUUUGAAGCGAUGAUUAUAGAAAUGGAGAACACUCACGCAUGAGUUGAAAUUAUAUGCUGAUGGGGGAUAUUUGAUGGGCUACAGAGUUUUGGAACCUCAAACUGAGAAGAACGAUUUCUAGCUUCUAAAAACUAGCAAAAUAUAGAGAGAAGGAAACAAAUUUCCUCGCGCUGAAGUUAUAAUAUUAUCAAGUCACAGUUUAACUAUUCUUUCUUCCAUCUUCCUCCAGCAGCUGUUUGAUCGUCAUCUGGAUUCAGUGUAAGCCUGGCUGCAUCUUUAUCAUUUGUCUACGUACUAAACAACUCAGCCAAUCAUAUAAUGGAGCUGAUUGAGGAUCUGUUGAUUUGUUGCUGUUUGCAGAUCUACCUAAUAUCUGAAUACUAAUCGGGAUUUGCUUUUUGGCUUCUUGAUAUGGUGUCCAGUCCCGUCUCGUCCGGGAGUUGUAUGGUCUGUAACUAGUACGAUGGAUCAAAUGUUUCAUAUUAAGUUUAGAUUGUAAGGAAGAGCGUUGAAGGAGCUUUGUCUUUUGUGCCACCCUAAACAGUCGCACAUGGCUUCCUAUACUUGUAAAGAACAAGUAAUUAAUAGAAAACAUGGUUUUUUGCCAUAUUAUUUUGCACUA